AUGGCCUCGCUCAAAGCGGUGCUCGGGACGUCGCUCCCGGCCGCCCGCGCCGUGUGGCUGCUCUUCGGUUGCCGCCCGCUGCCCGCGCCCUGCUCCAUCUCGGCCGCCGCCAUGGAGCCGGCGCCCCACUGGCUGGCGGGACUGCACUUCGACAACCGAGCCUUGCGCGCGCUGCCCGUGGAGACGCCGCCGCCGGACCCCGAGGGCGCCGCGCCCGCACCGCGGCUGGUGCCCGGGUUCUGCUUCAGCCGCGUGCGGCCCGCGCCCCUGCGGCAGCCGCGCCUCGUGGCGCUGUCGGAGCCCGCGCUGGCGCUGCUGGGCCUGGGCGCGCCGCCCGCCGCCGCCGCCGCCCGCGAGGCCCGCGAGGCCGAGGCCGCCCUCUUCUUCAGCGGCAACGCGCUGCUGCCGGGCGCCGAGCCCGCCGCGCACUGCUACUGCGGCCACCAGUUCGGCCAGUUCGCGGGGCAUGACGGCGCCGCCAUGUACCUGGGCGAGGUGUGCACGGCGGCCGGCGAGCGCUGGGAGCUGCAGCUCAAGGGCGCCGGCCCCACGCCCUUCUCCAGACAGGCUGACGGCCGCAAGGUCCUGCGCUCCAGCAUCCGGGAGUUCCUGUGCAGCGAGGCCAUGUUCCACCUGGGGGUGCCCACCACGCGGGCCGGCGCCUGCGUCACGUCCGAGUCCACGGUCGUGCGCGACGUGUUCUACGACGGCAACCCCAAGCACGAGCCCUGCGCGGUGGUGCUGCGGAUCGCCUCCACCUUCCUCAGGUUCGGGUCCUUUGAGAUCUUUAAGGCUGAGGAUGAGCACACGGGUCGUGCGGGCCCCAGCGUGGGGAGGAACGACAUCCGUGUGCAGAUGCUGGACUAUGUGGUCAGCACUUUCUACCCUGAAAUCCAGGCCACGCACGCCAGCGACUCCGUGCAGAGGAACGCUGCCUUCUUCCGCGAGGUGACACGUCGCACGGCCCGGAUGGUGGCUGAGUGGCAGUGUGUCGGCUUCUGCCACGGCGUGCUCAACACGGACAACAUGAGCAUUGUGGGGCUCACCAUCGACUACGGGCCCUUCGGCUUUCUGGACAGGUACGACCCUGACCACGUGUGCAACGCCUCGGACAAUGCCGGGCGCUACUCGUUCAGCAAGCAGCCCGAAGUGUGCAAGUGGAACCUGCAGAAGCUGGCUGAGGCCCUGGUGCCCGAGCUGCCCCUGGAGCAGGGCGAGGCCAUCCUGGCCGAGGAGUAUGACACCGAGUUCCACAGGCACUACUUGCACAAGAUGCGCAGGAAGCUGGGCCUCGUGCAGGCCGAGCGGGAGGAGGACGCCGCGCUGGUGGCCAAGCUCCUGGAGACCAUGCACCUGACCGGUGCCGACUUCACAAAUACCUUCUACCUGCUGAGCUCCUUCCCAGUGGGGCCAGAUUCCCCGGGCCUGGCCGAGUUCCUGGCUGCGCUCAUGGAGCAAUGUGCCUCCCUGGAGGAGCUGCGGCUUGCCUUCCGGCCCCAGAUGGAUCCCCGGCAGCUCUCCAUGAUGCUGAUGCUGGCGCAGUCAAACCCGCAGCUCUUUGCGCUGAUCGGCACCCGGGCCAACGUCACAAAGGAGCUGGAGCGCGUGGAGCAGCAGUCGCGGCUGGAGCAGCUGAGCCCGGCCGAGCUGCUGAGCAGGAACAGGGGCCACUGGGCGGACUGGCUCCAGGCGUACAGGGCCAGGCUGGAGGAGGACAGGGAAGGUGCCGCUGACCAGGACGCCUGGCAGGCUGAGCGCACGCGUGUCAUGCACGCCAACAACCCCAAGUACGUGCUGCGGAACUACAUCGCGCAGAACGCCAUCGAGGCUGCCGAGAACGGAGACUUCUCAGAGGUGCGACGGGUGCUGAAGCUGCUGGAGGCCCCGUACCACAGGGAGGGGGAGACCACCGAGGUCCCGGGGGCCGCCGAGCCCGAGGGGGCCGGCAGCCCAGCAGAGAGGCGCCGCUCCUACAGCAGCAAGCCCCCGCUCUGGGCCGCGGAGCUGUGUGUGACGUGA